AUGCGGCUUGUUUUUGUAUAUUGGGUUUUUUUUGUAAGACUUCUGGUACAUGCGACUUAUCGAUCCGACACGGAAACUUUGCAUAUCCUUCCUGACUCAAAGAGAUCUCUUCAAGAUUGGAACGCAAAUAGGUUUCAUGAAUAUCGUAUAAAAUCAUCUGUUUCUCUUCCAGUUGACUCAUUAUUUCCGUCGCAUCAAACGCUAUGGUUGGGCAUAGAAGCUGAUUGUAGCUACUUGGCCCAGUUCACAAGCCGUGUAGAAGCAAAAAAGCACAUUCUACAAGAAAUAGAAAAAGUCUCUGCCUUAUACGAUCGCUCAUUUCACAUAUACGUGCAGGUACUUCAACUUUUCUUACCUUCUUUUGAAGACUGCUUCGUAAGUAAACCCAUGAGCGAGAAUGGGGUAGGGUCAGAUAAGGUUGUGUCUUUAGAAGAAAAGCUAAACUCGUUUACCGAAAAGAAAAAGGAUACGGAACAUGAGAAAAAUUCUUUGGUACCAAAUGCAAAGUAUCUUAGCUUGACUUCUGAAGACUCUACCAGCCAAACUGUUUCUCCACAGGCAUGGCUUUUGCUUACAACAACAAGAGACAGCAAAAGAAAGGGCAUUUCUUGGUUUGCUACUAUUUGCAAUGGUUUUAGCAUUGAGGAUGGAUGGCAAGUGGGCCCCUCUAGCGUUGUAGCAGCAUAUCCAAAUGACUGGCCCAUUAUUGCUCAUGAGUUAGGACAUAAUUUUGGUUUGAUUCAUGACUGUGAUAAAAAGUCAUGUCAGGACCCAAACGAAAGCUGCUGUCCUCUUUCACAUGCACUUUGUGACGCACAGGGCUUGUAUGUCAUGCAUCCAUCCAAUUCCUAUCCAAAGCAUAGGUUUAGUGAUUGCUCAAUUUUACAGCUUCAUUCUUUACUAGCAAAAAACUAUAUUUCGUUCUCUUGCCUCUCUAAACCAUCAGAUAACGUGGGCAUCAAAUUAGGUAUGUCUUUGGCGUUUUCGUAUAGGAUUUACUAA